CUGUGUGUGUGUGUGUGCCUGGUGUAAUAGAAGCGAGACACAGAGAGAGAGAGAGAGGAAAGACCACAGUAGCUUGCAAAGUGAUGAUCUGCCUGCACUCGCACAGAGAGCUGCUGCGCUCGGCUCACUCCGCCUCUCUGUUCCCGCUCACUGGUAAUUAGUCUCACACAUGCUCCUUCUUACACGCACUUUUCUGCUUCACUCCUUCCGUUUAUCUCUCUCACAUCUUUUUUCGGGAACAUUUACUCUUAAGUUCUUACUACACACUCUUUGAGAGAGAGAGAGAGAGAGGAGAGCGGCACGGAUUGUCUUUGGCUGAGGGUUACAGAUGUUUGAAGAAAAUUGCUUCUCUUGUUGAACCUAAAGGGGAUACGGAACGCAGGCAAAGAUUCUUUCAUUCCCAUUUGAGGGCACCAUGACUGAAAGCCACACAUGCUAAGACAGUAGAUGGACGAAUAACAACGGGGAAAAAAAGAAGACUUAACUCACAAAGACAGGGAACUAAAACGGGGACAUGAACACCACAGAACAUCACGGACUGAUAACGGGCUACCACAACAGGAGCCAAACAUCGGCCAAUUUGCCUUUUGACAAAGACUUAUCAGCCGAGGACAACGAGUCAUCUGCAGGAUGCUACGAACAGCUGCUGAUUUCCACAGAGGUUUUCCUCACUCUGGGCAUCAUCAGCCUGCUGGAGAACAUCCUGGUUGUUGCUGCGAUAGUCAAGAACAAGAACCUUCACUCGCCUAUGUACUUCUUCAUCUGUAGCCUUGCAGUUGCUGACAUGCUUGUCAGUGUCUCCAAUGCGUCUGAGACUAUUGUCAUAGAGCUCAUCAAUGGAGGCAACCUGACCAUCCCCGCCAGGUUGAUUAAAAGCAUGGACAAUGUGUUUGACUCUAUGAUCUGUAGCUCUCUGUUGGCAUCUAUCUGCAGCUUGCUGGCCAUCGCAGUCGACCGCUACAUCACCAUCUUCUACGCCCUGCGAUACCACAACAUUGUCACCCUGCGAAGAGCAAUGUUGGUCAUCAGCAGCAUCUGGACGUGCUGCACAGUGUCCGGCAUCCUAUUCAUCAUCUACUCAGAGAGCACCACGGUGCUCAUCUGCCUCAUUACCAUGUUCUUCACCAUGCUGGUGCUCAUGGUGUCGCUGUACGUCCACAUGUUCCUGCUGGCACGCUUGCACAUGAAGCGGAUCGCGGCGCUGCCGGGCAACGCGCCCAUCCAGCAGCGAGCCAACAUGAAGGGAGCCAUCACCCUCACCAUCCUCCUCGGGGUGUUCGUGGUGUGCUGGGCGCCCUUUUUCCUCCACCUCAUUCUCAUGAUCACCUGCCCCAGGAACCCCUACUGCACCUGUUUCAUGUCUCACUUCAACAUGUACCUCAUCCUCAUCAUGUGCAACUCCGUCAUUGACCCCAUCAUCUACGCCUUUCGCAGCCAAGAGAUGCGGAAAACCUUCAAAGAGAUCUUCUGCUGCUCUCAUGCUUUCUUGUGUGUGUGAGCUGCCUGUGAAAUGUCAGCAGAGCUACGACCUUGACAGCCACAAUCUGAAAUUCAAACGAGAGCUGGCAAACAAGGAGGGUUUGAGCUGUAAUCACUGUGGACCGAUGGGACUCUGUUGUGCCCAGAGCUCUUACAGUCAGCUGUAAAUGAUUGAUGCUUAGGGCGCUCGCCUCUGGCGGCAUGAGACAGGUUGCUGAAGAGGUAGGUUUACAAACACCCUGUAACAUAGAUUAUUGCUCUGUAGACAAAUGCUAUCUUGUUUUGUAGUAAACGCUGCUCUAAAGUGCAAUUUGAAGUAAAUGUGACCAGCAUGUAUAUAAACCAAUACACAUGCUCAAACUGUGGUUCAUUUACAAAUCCUUAAUCUUUCUCACUUUAUCUUUUGCAAUCUAAAACCUAUCUGUUUUUUUUUUUUCUUCAAUAUAGAACCUAAAUGUCACAGUGCAUGUACUCUGCACUGGCAUACCGAAUAUGUAACAGAGAGAUUAACAUAAUAUGUGACAGACUACCUCCAUGUUUGAGAGUGUAAUCCUCCUCAGAAACCACAAAAGUAUUUUGCACACUGCAAGCAAAGAUACAUUUAUCCCUGACAUACUCUCACCAAGCACUUUAUUAGGAACACCAUACUAAUACUGGGUAGGGCCUCCCUUUGCUCUCAAACAGCAUGGCAUGGAUUCCUCUUUUGAAAUUCUGCUCCAUGUUGAAAUGACUGCAUCACAUCUCCCGGUCUACCACAUCCCAAAGGUUCUAUUGGAUUCAGAUGUCGUGACCGGGGAAGCCACUGAAGUUCAGUGAACUCAAUGUCAUGUUCGUGAAACCAGUUUAAGACGACUUUAAAAGAUGGUAAACUGUGGGCAUAAAGGGAAGCAUGCAGUCAGCAACAAUUCUCAGAUAGGCUGUGGCAUUCAAACAAUGAUUGAUUGAUAUUAACGGGCCGAAAGUUGGCCAAGGAAACACUCCCCACACCAUUACACCAGCACCAGCCUCAACUGUUGACACAAGGCAGGUUGGGUCCAUGAUUUAUGCUGUUGAUGCCAGAUUCUGACCCUACCAUCAGCAGAAAUCCAGAUUCAUCAGACCAGCUUUGGUGAGACUCAGGUUUCUGUUCUUGGUCGCAGGAGUAGAACCUGGCGUGAUCUGCUGCUGUUGUAGACCAUCCACCUCAAUGUUUGAUGUGUUGUGCAUUCUGAGAUGCUUUUCUGCUCACCGCAGUUGUGAAGAGUGGUUAUCUGAGUUACCAUAGCCUUUCUGUGUGCUCCAGUCUGCCUGGUCAUUCUCCUCACUGGAUAUUAUUUCGUUGUUGGCUCCAUUCUGAGUAAAAACUCUAGAGACUGUUGUGUGUGAAAAUCCCAGGAGAUCAGCAGUUUGAGUCUGUCUGACACCAACAAUAUAAAGUUACUGACAUGACUUUUUUUUCUUGAUUCUGACGUUUGAUUGUUUGAUUAACUGACGCUCCUCACCUGUAGCUGCAGGAUGUUACACACUGCACUGCCGCCACAUGAUUGGCUGACUGUGCAAAGGUGUCACUAAUAAAGUGCUUUGUCCUUUUGUUCUGCGCUACAAUGAAUGUAAGAAUGUUUUUAUGUGAUAUAUACUUAUGAGGUGAACGCCAUUACACCUCACUUGUUUCCCUCAUGUAUAUUGAGCCAAUCAUGAGGGAACAAAUGAAGCUCGAGUAAAGCGUAGUUUUACCUUUUUAUCAUGGUGCCAUUUUAAUAAAGUAGACGUUCAGAAAUCUAAUACAAGGGGAAGAAGCUCAUUUCAUUGGGUGUUUUGUAGAGAAGAUGUGUUGCAUAUCAUUUUGCAAGCUAUUCUAAAAGUAUAAUAGCACAAAGACUAAACUAGAUUUCAUCUGGAAAACAUUAAAGAGUAAGAGUAACGAGCAAAAACAAAAAAAUGCCAUAGUUCUCUUAAUUGCUUCUCUGCUGUUUUUUGUAUGUCAAACCCACUCAGUGUAGUAAACAGGCUGUUUUCUGAUGUCGUCCAUGACGCACGGUCUUACAGUUAAAAGCAUUCACUGGGUGAAAAGGAGUAAUCACACAGAAGCUGAAUGUUUACAUUAUGGGGGUAUAUGGUUCUAUAUGUGCAAAAGAAUUAAAUAAGAUGAUUUAGAGGAAGACUUUAAAAUGGGAAGAACAGGAAAAUGUCAGUCAGUGUAUUUCUCAGGCACAACAGAUGGCACUUAUUAAGCAUUUCUGGUUUAGAUUUUCUUUAUUUGCACCUAAAGAUGAAUGAGCCAUUCAGAGUGGCCUACAAUCUUUCUUCUAUUGUUCAUUCCCAGUUUUGGACUCUGUGGCGUUUUAUACCCUACCUGAUCAGGGAUGCGGUUUUUGUAGACCCUCAUUUCAAAUUUCUUUUUGAAGCAGGGUAAGGAAACAGACAAACAUUUUUAUUUUUUCAUAAUUUCCUGUGAGCAAAGAGCUAAAACAGAUCCUCCACACACCUUAUGAAGCUACUGUCAAUCCAGGAUCUCUGCUGAUUUCCAAUCAAUGCUCUUGUGACUUUGUGGUUUGUGUAGACAUUUAUGUAAAUAUGCACAUGUAGGUUGUUGACAUGGUCGCUCACAGCAUGCAAAUGUGACUGUACUGAGAUCUAUUUUUCAUCAUGUGCGUGUAACAGGGCAGAGUCUACUGAGUUUAUUUUUAAUUGUGUGUGUUGUGAUGUAGUGUAACUCGUUGCUUUUUAUCCAUGCCUUAACUAUGCUGCACUGUGAUGUAAAGACCAACCGUAUCCUCUGUGAUCAGUACUUCAGACACUGAUGGAAUCAGUCUUUCUAUGUAUAUAAAUGCUAUUUUCAAUAUUGCCUUAUUUAUUCAUGCCUGUUUAAACUUGAAGUGCAUUUCUAAGCUCAUAAAAUACACAAGGAAACUGGCAUGAAUGAGUGUCUGAUUUUCUGAUAAAAGCUUCGCCUGGAAUUUGAUUCCAAAGUUGCCAAGUGUGAAGGUAUCUGCUUUACCACCGCAUUCCUCUGUGAAUCACUGCUGCAAAGUAACUUCAAUAAAUCAUAAAGCCUU